GAUUUUUUUUUCUUAUUUUAUUUUAUGGGUCUCAUUUAUUUUGUUUGGUAAGCUGACUUCCACCUCCAGCUGCCGUGUAAGGACUUCCUGUAAAACAAAGAAUGCUAGUUUUUCUCUACUCCUUUUGAGUUUUCUUGUGGCGUUUUGGACCAAAGAUAAAAACUUGUUUCGAAAUUUCUCUUAGCUUUGUUUAUUUUGUUCACUUUGGGAAAAUCUUUCUGCAAAUCCAACUUCAUGGAGUUCUCGAUUUUGUGAAGUUCAGGAAUUGAAUCGCUUCUAAUCUGACUGGCAAGGUUUAAGGUUCUCUUUGUCUUUGGAUCUACAGUGAAGAAAUUGGUGAAUGUGAAUUUUGUUGGGGGGGGGCUAUGAAGUGUUUCUCAUUUCACAUUGGAGACAAGAAGGAAGAACCCAAGACUACGAAGUCUGUAUCAGUUCAAUCUGUGAAUUCUACGUUUACUGAUCGUGAAGUUGGGAGAUCUGGGUCUGAAUUGAAUUCCCAGGAUGGCUCAGGCACCAUUACAGAAUCCAUUGGGAGGCCCUCAUUUCCUAGUAUGUCUCAAAGACCCAGCAAUCUCAGAGUGUUCACAGUUUCUGAGCUCAGGUCAGCUACCAAGAAUUUUAGUCGGUCGGUCAUGCUUGGUGAGGGUGGAUUUGGUUGUGUCUAUAGAGGGUCAAUCAAGAGCGUAGAGGAUCCAACUAACAAGAUUGAAGUUGCAGUGAAACAGCUUGGUAAAAGGGGGAUGCAGGGGCACAAAGAAUGGGUAACAGAAGUUAAUGUUCUUGGUGUGGUUGAGCAUCCAAACCUUGUCAAAUUAGUUGGCUAUUGUGCAGAUGAUGAUGAAAGAGGAAUCCAGCGCCUUCUGAUAUACGAAUAUAUGCCUAAUGGAAGUGUGGAAGAUCAUUUAUCUGCACGAUCAGAGGUGCCUCUUCCAUGGACCAUGAGAUUGAGAAUAGCCCAAGAUGCUGCUCGUGGCUUAACAUACCUACAUGAAGAAAUGGGUUUUCAGAUCAUCUUCAGGGAUUUCAAGUCUUCAAAUAUCCUUUUAGAUGAGCAAUGGAAUGCCAAGUUAUCAGAUUUUGGGCUGGCUAGGUUGGGACCUUCAGAAGGAUUGACCCAUGUUUCAACUGCGGUUGUGGGAACCAUGGGGUACGCAGCUCCUGAGUACAUCCAAACCGGACGUCUUACAGCCAAGAGUGAUGUCUGGAGCUAUGGGGUCUUCCUUUAUGAACUUAUUACAGGUCGACGCCCAUUGGACCGAAAUCGACCCAAAAGCGAGCAGAAGCUCUUGGAAUGGGUGAGGCCAUACCUAUCAGAUGCAAAAAAGUUCACACACAUAUUGGAUCCAAGGCUUGAGGGAAAAUACCCCGUAAGGUCAGCCCAAAAGCUUGCAACUAUAGCUAACCGAUGCUUAGUUAGAAACCCCAAGUCACGUCCAAAGAUGAGCGAAGUGUUGGAAAUGGUGAAUCGAAUAGUGGAUGCAUCAUCUGAAACAGCUAGUCCUCAACUAUCAUUCAGAAGCACAUUGUCUAUGGACUCAUCACGGAACAAUACAAUGAAAAAGAAAAGAAGAAACAUAGAUUUGAAAGGCGGAGAAAGUGGUUGGUUUGCUCGGAUGUGGACUCCGAAGCUUUUAAGAACAUGUUGAUUGCAGUAAAGCUUCAGCAUAUGCAGCAGGUAGGUCUAUUGGCCUAUGGAUUACUUAUUGUAUAUUGAGGCUUGUUGGGUUAUUCAUGUAUUGACUUAACAACAAAAUCUUUAGCAAAAACUUUCUAUAUGCAUGAUUUAAGAGAGGCAUCAACUUGAGAUCCAGAGAGUGCCUAAUUGAUUGGAGAAUGAAGAUGUUAAUUCUGAUAAUUUUCCACCAGAGACUCCAAGGCUAUGCAGAAGAUGUUGACUAAUUUUCUUAGGCAGCUUGGCUGGUUGGCUCACUGUAGAGAACUUGGGAAUAGGAUUAGUUAUGGAACUUUGUGAACAAUAUUGUUGUUGUUGUUGUUUUGUUGUCAGAGAUGCUUAUUGCUUAAAAUCUGGUCUUUAUCAUCUCUCAGUUACCACACUUUGUAUGAUGCUAUUCAGCAGAUUUGUCAUUUGUUGUAAAAUAUUUUGAUUAGAAUUUUGAAUUAAAUUUGGAUCAUA